AUGGCCGCCAGUAAGCCAAAAUAUCCACUCGGCUCUCCUCAAGAGCAUAUUGAAAUGUGUGAAACCCAUGAUUUACCUAUUGAUGUGAUAUGUGAGGAUUGUGAUGAAUUUAAUUGUAGUAAGUGCACCAAAACAGACCAUAGAGAUCACGAAUGGAGCACUAUACCCAAAGCUGCCAUCCAAAUGAGAAGAAACUUGAUUACUUUCUUGACAAAGAUCAAGGAAGAGGAUCUACCUGGGAUUGAUGAGAAGGUAGAAAAGGUGUCAAAACAAAUCAUAGAAAAUAAUGGCAUGUGUGAUACUAAGAUUAAAAAGCUUCAGAAGCAUGCUGAUGAGAUAAUGGCCAGGUUGACAGAAAUCAGGAAACAAAAUGAACGAAGAUUGAGAGAUAAUUUGGACGCAAAAAAUAAAAAGUUAAAUAAUGUGAAAUCUGAGUUAGACAAAAAGAAGAAAAAAAUAGAAGAUAUGGUAAAGUUUAUGGAUGAUAACAAGAGUGUCAUGUCGGAUUACGGCUUGAUUGACAACCACAGGGAAUUGAAGCAAUUGCUGGCUGGUCUGGAUAUUGAUGUGAAGAACUUUAAACACUCAAUGAGAUACAGUAAAGGAGAAAUCAGUAAUAAGGUAAUAGAGAAUAUGAUAGGUAAAAAUCUGGAUUUAGAUGAUAUCUGUUUGACUGAAACAAGUUCAUUUAGAUAUGGAGGAAAAGUGAUACUUUUAUUGAGGGCAUUGAAUGAAGAUCGAUGUUACAUAAGAGAAACAGGGUCACCUUACACCGAACAAGUAAACAAAGAUGGUGAGAAAAAAUAUAAAUAUAAUAUCUCUUCUAAUGACAUGUGUGUGACUGAUAACGGUGAUGUUUACUUCACUGACGGUUUUAACAAGUCAAUCAGCUCUCUGUCACCAUCAGGAUCUGUCUCUACAAUCAUCAGUACAGAUCCUCUGCAACCAGUAGGAAUUUGUCAGUCAGUGAACGGUGGGCUGUUGGUAAGCUUGAGAGAUAAAAAGUCGGUUCGGGUUCCGUACAAAUUAGAAUCAUAUACCAGACGUCUUCUGAGACACAUCACAGUGACAGGUGAUGUCAUCCAUGAAUAUGAGUACCAGGAGGACGGUCAGACCAGACUUUUUACAUUCCCAGUCAGAGUCAUACAGAACAGUAACAGUGAUAUCUGUGUUACGAGCCGUACAAGUAACACUUCAGGUGAUCUAAUGAUUUUGUCUCCCUCUGGUCGUGUGAAGUCUGUCUACCGUGGACAGAACCUGACAGAAGGCUUUUUUCCAACAGAUGUAGUAUGUGACCCCCUCUGUAACAUCAUUGUUACUGACUUUAGCAACAAACAGAUCCAUCUGCUGAGUCCUGAUGGGGUGUUCUUAAUGUUCUUUACUACAGACAGUGAAGUUAACUGUCCAUUCAGAUUAUCACUAUACAAGUCUACAUUGUGGGUCGGAUACUAUGAAUGUCUUGUCAAAGUGUUUCAGUACCCAGUGUAA